AUGUCUUCGGCCGUGGAAGAGGAUGCUGAUGAGGGGGAGGAGGAAGUAGACUUGGACGAACUAGAAGAAGAAGAAGAAGAAGGCAUGGCCUCACAGAGUGCACAAGAGGCACUAUCCCGCACACAAGAUGUCGACCUCCCGAACGGUUGGAAGCCUGGAGAGCCCGUGCCUUACGCCGCUCUGGCCAAGGUGUUCGGGCUCAUUGAGGCAACCACAAAGCGCCUUGAGAAGACAGCUUUGUUGACCUCUUUCUUCCUAUUAGUGAUUCGCCGACGAGCAACGGGGGACACGCAGAGUUUGUUACAAGCCGUCUACCUGUGCAUCAACCGAUUGUGCCCCGACUACAUGGGUAUUGAGUUGGGUAUCGGAGAGAGCCUUCUCAUCAAGGCUAUCACCGAGUCCACUGGCCGCAGUACGGCUGUCGUCAAAGCCGACCUGAAGAAGGAAGGCGACCUCGGACUUGUAGCAAUGAACUCCAAGAAUAGCCAGAAGACAUUGUUCAAACCGAAGCCUCUGACGCUGCCAGUCGUGUUCAAGAAUCUUAAAGAGAUUGCGAUGAGCAGCGGCCAUUCGUCGCAAAACAAGAAAGUGUCUAUCAUUACCAAACUUCUAGCUUCAUGUCAAGGACAAGAGGCGAAGUAUAUUAUUCGGAGUCUGGAAGGAAAGCUUCGGAUAGGCAACGCCGAACGCACUGUCUUGGUCGCGCUUUCACAUGCUGCUCUUCUCGCCGAGCAGGAAGCAGGCGGGUGCAUCAAGUGCUCGAGCAAGAAGCUGAACAUGGAGAAGAUAACGGCACGACUGGGGAAGCUGUACAGCGAACUGCCCAACUACGACCUUGUCAUUCCCGCGCUUCUGAAUGCUGGCUCGACGGGCUCCGAGAGGAUGCCAUUGAAACCCAUGCUGGCGAAGCCAACUAAGGCGAUCGGCGAGGUUUUGGAUAAGUUCGAGGGCAAGAAGUUCACUUGCGAGUACAAGUACGACGGAGAACGCGCACAGGUUCACAAGCUUGAAGACGGAAGCAUCGCCGUGUUCAGUCGAAACUCUGAAGACAUGAGCAAGAAGUAUCCCGACCUCAUGGAGCAAUUGCCGCGUUGCGUGAAGGAAGGCACGAAGACCUUCGUCUUCGAUGCCGAGGCAGUCGCCAUCGACGUGGAUACUGCGAAGCUACUUCCCUUCCAAGAGCUCAGUCGACGGAAGCGCAAGGACGUCAAGGUCGAGGACAUUAAAGUCCGAGUUUGCCUUUUCGCUUUCGAUCUGCUAUACCUCAACGGCGAGCCGCUCCUCCACCUCGACUUCGCGGAGCGUCGCCGGCUGCUUCAGGAGCACUUCCGGCCCGUGGACCUCGAGUUCCAGUUCGCCAAGGCCUCGGACGCGGACACGACGGACGAGAUCCAGACGUUCCUCGAGGAGUCCGUCAAGGACGGCUGCGAGGGCCUGAUGGUCAAGAUGCUCGACGGCGAGCUCUCGCGCUACGAGCCCUCGCGCCGGACCGUGAACUGGCUGAAGCUCAAGAAGGACUACCUGGCCGGCGCCGGGGACUCGCUCGACUUAGUCGUCGUCGGCGCCUACCACGGCAAGGGCAAGCGGACCAACGUCUACGGCGCCUUCCUCCUCGCCUGCUACGACGCCGACUCGGAGGAAUACCAAACGAUCUGCAAGAUCGGCACGGGGUUCUCGGACGAGGCGCUGCAGGCGCACCACGGCGCGCUGUCGCCGCUCGAGACCGCCGUGCCGCGAGGGGAUGUGAAGGUGGGCGGGGCGAAGCCGGACGUGUGGGUCGAGCCCAAGGUGGUGUGGGAGGUGCUCGCGGCGGACCUCAGCUUGAGCCCGAUCUACACCGCGGCGCAGGGCAUCGUCGAGGAGCGCGGGAUCUCGCUGCGUUUUCCGCGGUUCAUUCGCGUGCGUGAGGACAAGGGCGCGGACGACGCGACGGGCCCAGAGCAGACGAAGGGAGGGAAGAAAGGCAAGGGUCGCGAUGCGGACGAUGGUUUCUGGUGA